GAGAGAGAGAGAGAGAGACCUCAUCGUCUAAGGGAACCUUUUUUACUCUUAUGAAACAUCGUAGCGACGGCAGAGAUCAGUCACGUUUCGAGGUAAACGCGUAUUAAACCGAAACAAGCAAAAUUUGUCCAUUUUGGUUUGUCCAUUAUCGGCGAAGCCUCGAGAAAGAGAAGAGCGAGAUUUUCCGAGAUUGAAAAGCCUGCCGGCAUAAUUGGCUCCUUUCAAAACGGCGCCCUUUUGUGCACCGAAUGAAGCUCUCUGUUCUCCAUUAACGAGCGCAGCGUAUUGUCAACCAGUACUCGCAUGUAUUGUCUCUGAUGAUCCACUGAUCUCCUCGUGGUUAAAAAAAUAGAUCCCCGAGUCAGAGGGUUGAACUUUGGAUGGCAUCGAGAAGAGGAAAGAAGAUGGCGUCUUCGCGAAAAGGCAAGAAAAUGUAAAUAACCGUAAAUAAGACGUUCAAAGAAGAAGAAGAAGAAGAAGGUAGGAUUAGAACGAUAACAUCCAUCGUUGGCGAUCGUGCUUCGUCGAUUGUCACCGUCGCUUCGCGAUCAACGUCGAUAAUCGGUCCGUCUUGUAAGGUCCGUGAAAGAGAAGCGAAGCACGUGAGAGAUCUUCAGUUAGCUCUGCGAACGCAGAGUCAAGAGGUUCAUCGGACAUACCAGGGACAAAGCAAAGACAAAGUUGAAUAUAAUACACGCGUGUAUACGAGGAAGAGAGAGAAAGAGAGAAAUAGAGAGGGAGAAAAUGGCUACGCUGACCCUAGAUCAUCGUCAUUGUCCUAGAAAACAAGUUUGAAGUCGAGAAUCACUCGACUACCCGUAGUUUCUCGUGACGACAACAACUAAGUCCUCUACGAGUUGGCCAAUUCCCAUCAGCCGUAUCUCGUUCUCUUCCUCGGAGAAUGUCGAAGAAGCAAUGGAUCGUACUUCUCAUGUUGUUCCUAGCUUAUCUCUUUUUGGGUGCCUCUAUCUUCUAUCAUAUUGAAAGCCGGCUGGAGAUCGAACAGAUCGAACGUGCCAAGGAAAAACGCAUCGAGAUCAACGCUUUGCUUCUCAAACAUUACAUUCCCAGUCCUUCACACAAUCAACAUGAGAUCUUCGAACGAUUGACACAGUAUUGCGGCAAAUCGGUUUACAAUUACACGGACGGCGAAAGUGAUCCAUUAAAAUGGGACUUCUACAACAGCUUCUACUUCGCUUAUACUGUCGUCAGCACGAUAGGUUACGGAAAUUUAGCACCAACCAAUAUGCUGAGUCGCAUAUUGAUGAUGAUCUAUGGGUUGCUCGGCAUACCGAUGAACGGUAUUUUAUUGUCUCAGUUAGGAGAGUUCUUUGGUCACGUCUUCGUAAGGGCUCAUCGCAAGUACAAAUCCUACAAGAAACACCAAAAUGAUUAUGCGAAGAAAUUGACGCCGCUUGAAACAAGAAAAGCUGGCCUCGCAGCACAAAUCUUCAUGUAUCUCAUUCCUGGCUUCGUCAUGUUCAUCUUCUUCCCGGCUUUCCUUUUCUCUCAUUACGAGGGUUGGACUUACGAUGAAGCUGUUUAUUAUGCUUUCGUAACAUUGACAACAAUUGGCUUUGGAGAUUAUGUGGCAGGACAAGACAACACGAAGGGUAAUGGAUUUUUUUUCGUAAUGUACAAAACCUUCCUCAUUUGUUGGAUCUCCUUCGGAUUAGGCUAUAUCGUCAUGAUUAUGACUUUCAUCGCCCAAGGUAUGCGCAGUAAGAAGAUCAUCAGGAUCGAGCACAAAUUGGCGAUGAAUCUAAAACACACGCAAAGCAAGAUAUGGAACGAGUUUAACAAGGAGAUCAACUACUUCCGAAGAGUCUUUAAUGAGCUUCAGUUUUCCAAGGUCAAAAGGGUCUACGUCGAUGAAUAUAACUACGAAAUACCGCCGACCAAAUUUUUACGAAGUAAUAGUUUCCCAGAUCUCAGAAAGUUGAUAUAUGGUGGCUUUGAGAGUUCAGUACCUUUGCAUCCUCGGCGCCGUGCUAAUAGCGAAGUAGUACCGAUGGACCCAUUAGUACGAGUGGUAUCGGAAACUGAUCUCCAACGAAUCGACAAAACGGCUACAUUUGCGGCUCACGCGAUGGUACAACCAGCGGAACUGUUAGCAAGAUUGGUAAACGUUCUGGGCUACAUUCCACCACCUGAUGAUGCUAACGAUACUUCCGAUUGGGAUCAAGAAUAUAAAAACAAAGAAGACACGAAAAAGACAGGAAUCGAAGGAAUCAAAGAAAAAGAUAUCUUUAAUAAACAGAAUACUUGGAACGAGUCAAGCUGGAGAAUCGGUGCUGAUAGAUUUCCUGGUAUGAUGCCACGAUCGAGAGCAGCUAGCGAGGUGAGAUUGGAUAUGGGUAAAAAUGAUUCGAACAUUCACCAACAAAACGGAGAAUGGACUUGGUCCGGACCGGCUGCUUCGAGGAAGAUUCAGGAAUUGAUAAAAACUCGUAGAACUGGUCUCUCUGGUAUCAAGGACAGUAAAUCGUACAAAUUUCCUUCGAUCACAUUACCCAAGUCGGUACCGAAGAAUCUCUUCUCUCCGUGGAGACGGCAAUCAUCGAACAAAAAGGCAUUGGACGCUGAACAGUCCAUCCAAAAGGGCACUCUCCCUGAUAUCGAUCUCGAAGCAGGAGAAAAUUAUUCGUCGAUAACAGCACAUUCUGAUUUGUUUUCAUCCAAUUUGGACGAUGUCAAUGAAACCACAACAACAUCGAGACAUCCAUAUUACACUCACACAGGUGCCAAUUUCCCCAGUUUGAUGGAGAGUAAUAAUAUUUUGGAAGAGACAUCUUUAGCCGAUUUUCUCAGAGCUCUCACUGUUCUUCACGCAAAAAUCAGCACUGUACCUAGUGAUUACUCGAACACGCGUAAACCUCAAAGGAAAAUGGGUACUGCUUCAUUGACGCCACCUAAACUUCCAAGUCUCUUCACCUUGUUCUCGCAAUCCGCAGAUAGUCAAGGUCAUAGUCAAAGCAAUCAAAACACAGUGACCACGUCCUCCUCCAAUAGGAGAUACUCUCUAAGACCUAGCGAAUACUCACCGGCGUCUACGCCAUCGUACGCAAGACGUGGAAGUGCGAUCAAUCCUAUUAAACCCAGAAGGUUUUCCUUGAGACCUGUUGCUACUCCAACCAGCACACCACCAGAAUAUACAGCGUCCUACUUGAAUUCGCGAACACACGAUGACCAGAAAUCCCAAUUUUCCUCUCCUGCGGAUACUUUUGUCUACGAAUCUGCUAAAAAGCCACUGGUGCAAAUGGAAGGAACACCAGGUGUCUCUUCACCGAUCGCAACGUUCUCAAACGUCCGUCGUUUGUCUUUACGACCUAUGACCCAAAUCCAACAACCACCCAGUCAACAGAUUCAAGCUACCAAAGCUUUGCCACGUUGGAAAGCUGGUAUGUUGCAACGACAGAUCGGCAGGAUGAGCGUUCAUCGUCGAGUACGAGCAUUCAGUUUAAGCGACGUGCAAGCAGACAAAUCUGAAAAAUCUACUGGUCUAAGUCCAUUAGCGAUAGAUGAUAAUGGUAAAGCAGUAACGUCUAUUGUUUCUUCGAGUAAACCGAAUGUUUCUGCGGUUCAGAAAACAGUUACAAUCGUAUCACCAACGAAGAACGAAGUUCUUCGAUCGGACAGCAACGAGUCGACCUCAGUCGAUACUCGAUCCCUCGUAAAUACAUCCUCCAAUCCUUUUGUUUCCUCUUUUGUAACGUCAGAAACACCUGGUAACAAUGAUACUACCGAUAAUUUUCGAUUUAAAGACGUUCAAGGGGAUGAAGCAAGCAGCAAUAUCGCAUUAAGCACUUUACAGAAAGCGUCUGAACAUGAAAUCAAUUAUAAUGAUACCUCUAAACAAGCUAACUCGGAAAACAAUGAAAGGAAUGUAGAAAAUAUGGAAGUUGCCAAAGAGAUUACAGAAAAAUUAAUUUUCCAUAACGAUCCUGCCAGUUCUAAAGAGAUUUCUAAUGACAAAUUGACAUCGUCUAAAGACGUAUCGUCAGAUAUUAAAGAUAGUUCAAAGAAUAGUUCAAAAUCGACGAUUGAUUCUACGAUAAAAUCUUCGAACGAGAAACCAAGGAUAUUCAUAGAUUUUUAUAAAACUUCGUUAGAUGUUAAAAUAGAAAAACCCAGCGUAAAUCCCUUUUUGCAAUACCAAGCUACAACGAGUGCUUCUCAAUACGGGAACACUAAUCUUACGGAGAUUAAAGGAGAAAAACGGAAUGAAGCACGAAAAGCAUGGAAAAAAGAAUGAUUUAUUUGUUUAUGGAAAACAUUCAAUGAAAAUUUUCUCUUUCUCUUUUCCAUUUAACAAAACAGUCAGAUUAUAUUCGUAUAGAUUUUCCAACUUCUAUAAUUUUAAAAAGAUUCUGUUGUUUAUGAAUUUUCACAUCGACUUAUCAUCAACAGGUCUUCUAAUCCUUUGCAUCUUUCGAAAUUAUAAAUUAUGCGAUAUUUAUAAUUUAAAUCAAUAAUUUUUAACAAUGAGACAUUAACUUAUUCCGAUCGUACAAUUUCACUUACGAUCAAAAUUCGUAACUUCAAUUCAUGACAAUCUUGAAAGAGUUGCAUUUACGAAAAAAUGAAUGCAAUAUCGAUGAUAUAAUACAAACGUAAUAAAUAAUUCACGCUGAUCUUAGCAAUAUUUAACAAUAGCUUACUCUUCAGACGUGGCGUGAUUAUUGAGAUUACACUUCUUACUCGUUUGAUUACUCGUAGAUCUAAGCUAUUUUGUCAAAACGAUAAAUCGCUUUUAAUUGUUAAGGUCUGUAAUAUAGAGGAUAACUGUGAUAAAGUAAUUAUAGUAAAAAAACAUUAAUUAUAUUGUAUAUAUCAUCAUAUAUUACAAUGCUAUGUAUUUAUUUCAUUCAUUUAAUUUAGAAAAAUUUUUUCGAAUUACUUAUUGCAAUACAAUAAUGACAAUAAUAAUAAUCAUCUAACAAAGUUCGUUAAAACGAUUUUAGUCUUGAUCAAGUUGUUAAAAAUUUAACCAUACGUGUUAUGUAAAAGAAGAUAUAAACAGUUUAAAAAAUGAA